UCUUUAUAAGGCUCAGAUUUUGGAAAUGGUAUUGCCUGUAUGCACCUCCUGAAGUUAAUAAUUUGAACGCCUGGUGGCAGUGCAGGCUAAGAGAGUGAAUAAGAGCUCUGCAGAUUCGGUGGACUCCCAUUUUAUUCAGAAGCCCCUCAAAAUACGAACACAUUUACAGCCGAAGCUAAGAUAGUAGUACUCAGGAAGGCACUCAUCACCAGACAAGUUACAAGACGAAUUCGAAAUUCAACAGUAAAGACAUUUCGGAGGGUCGGUAGUGGACGUGAUGAUGGGGACUGGAAAAAGAUUUUUUCCUCUGGGAUCAGACAUAAUGGAGAUGGCGAGAACAAAAGUACAUCGCAAGAAAAGGCAAGUGGCAAUUCUCAUUAUAUGGGUGCUUUUGUGGGAAGCCGGUUCAGAAUCGAUUCAAUAUUCUGUACUGGAGGAGUCAGAAACUGGCACGUUUGUGGCCAAUUUGACAAAGGACCUGGGACUCAGGAGAGGAGAACUGGCUGCGCGGGGUGCCCAGGUUGUUUUCAAGGGGAACAGACAGCAUUUGCAGCUUGACCCAAAGACCUAUGAUUUACUGCUAAAUGAGAAACUGGACCGGGAAGAGCUGUGCGGCUCCACUGAGCCAUGCGUGCUACCUUUUCAAGUGUUACUGGAAAAUCCCUUGCAGUUUUUUCAGGCUGCUUUACGAGUCAGAGAUAUAAAUGACCACGCCCCAGAGUUCCCAGCCAGAGAAAUGCUACUAAAAAUAUCAGAAAUUACUACACCAGGAAAGCUAUUUCCUUUGAAAAUGGCACAGGAUUUAGAUGCUGGUAACAACAGUCUUCAGAGCUACAUAAUCAGCUCCAAUCCUCAUUUUCACGUUCUCACUCGCAAUCGCAGCGAUGGCAGGAAGUUCCCGGAGCUGGUGCUGGACAAAGCCUUGGACCGCGAGGAGCAGCAGGAGCUAAGGCUUACCCUCACAGCGGUGGAUGGUGGGUCUCCGCCCAGGUCUGGGACCACGGAGAUUCAGAUCCUGGUCUUGGACAUCAAUGACAAUGCUCCCGAAUUUGCUCAGGAACUCUAUGAGGCACAAAUUCCUGAAAACAAUUCCCUGGGCUCCCUGAUUAUCACCGUCUCAGCGACAGAUUUAGAUGCAGGAUCCUUUGGGGAGGUAUCUUAUGCCCUAUUUCAGGGAGAUGACAUUAACCAACCCUUCGAAAUAAACGUAAUUACAGGAGAAAUUCGACUGAGAAAGACUUUGGAUUUUGAGGAAUUUCAAUCAUAUCACGUGGAUAUUGAGGCUACAGAUGGCGGGGGACUAUCAGGAAAAUGCUCUUUAAUCAUCAAGGUUCUGGACGUAAAUGACAACACUCCUCAACUGACCAUGUCCUCACUCAUCAGUCCCUUCCCUGAAAACCUGCCAGAGGUCAUAGUAGCAAUUUUCAGUGUGUCAGAUGCAGAUUCUGGACAAAAUCAACAGGUUAUUUGUUCUAUAGAUGAAAAUCUCCCCUUUCUUCUAAGACCAUCAGUCGAGAAUUUCUACACCUUGGUAACCGAAGGAGCGCUGGAUAGAGAGAGCCAGGCCGAGUACAACAUCACCAUCACCGUCACCGACCUGGGGACCCCCAGGCUGAAAACCCAGCACAACAUAACGGUGACGGUCUCCGACGUCAACGACAACGCCCCGGCCUUCAGCCAAGCCGCCUACACCCUGCGGGUGCGCGAGAACAACAGCCCCGCCCUGCACAUCGGCAGCGUGAGCGCCACGGACAGAGACUCGGGCGCCAACGCGCAGGUCACCUACUCGCUGCUGCCGCCCCAGGACCCGCAGCUGCCGCUGGCCUCGCUGGUGUCCAUCAACGCGGACAACGGGCAGCUGUUCGCGCUCAGGUCCCUGGAUUUCGAGGCGCUGCGGGCGUUCGAGUUCCGCGUGGGCGCGGCCGACCGCGGCUCGCCGGCGCUCAGCAGCCAGGCGCUGGUGCGCGUGCUGGUGGUGGACGACAACGACAACUCGCCCUUCGUGCUGUACCCGCUGCAGAACGGCUCCGCGCCCUGCACCGAGCUGGUGCCCAGGGCGGCCGAGGCGGGCUACCUGGUGACCAAGGUGGUGGCGGUGGACGGCGACUCGGGCCAGAACGCCUGGCUGUCGUACCAGCUGCUCAAGGCCACGGAGCCCGGGCUGUUCGGCGUGUGGGCGCACAGCGGCGAGGUGCGCACGGCCAGGCUGCUGAGCGAGCGCGACGCCGUCAAGCACAGGCUGGUGGUGCUGGUCAAGGACAAUGGCGAGCCGCCGCUGUCGGCCAGCGUCACGCUGCACGUGCUGCUGGUGGACGGCUUCUCGCAGCCCUACCUGCCGCUCCCGGACGCGGCGGCGGCCGAGGCCCGCGCCGACCCGCUCACCGUCUACCUGGUGGUCGCCUUGGCGUCGGUGUCGUCGCUCUUCCUGUUCUCGGUGCUGGUGUUCGUGGCGGUGCGGCUGUGCAGGAGGAGCCGGGCGGCGUCGGGGGGCGGCUGCUCGGUGCCCGAGGGCCCCUUUCCGGGCCACCUGGUGGACGUCAGCGGCGCGGGGACCCUGUCCCAUAGCUACCAGUACGAGGUGUGUCUGAGGCGAGGAUCUGGGACCAGCGAGUUCAAGUUCCUCAAGCCCAUUAUUCCCAACUUCCCUCCUCAGGGCACUGGAAAGGAAAUGGAGGAAAACCCCACGGUUCGUGAUAGUUUCCUAUUCAGUUAAGUAUUGGAUUAUCCUAUUAAGUCCUACUUAGUUUGAAAAUCUUUUAACUUAGUUAAAUGUUAUUGAUAGUUUGUUUUUUAAUUAUUUUACUACACUUCCUUAGGUUGAAAAAAAUCAGAUAUGGGUAUAUACGGUGUUUUCCCUAUAUUAUGCUUAGUAGAUUGUAUUACUCUCAACUAUAUUUGACAAUCUGAAUAAAAAGUAAAAUUUUACUUGCAUAAUUUAAAAUUCUUGAAAUUCAAUCAUCUAUUUGUCUUAGAAAAAUUGUAAUACAAAGCCCUUAAGUAAGAUUGUAUAUCUAACUAUUGGUGAUAACUGUCAUCACCAUUACCAUGUAGGGAAAUUUUUAAAGUGUGAGUGUUUGGGGGUGCCUGGCUGGCUCAGUUGGUAGAGAAUGUAACUCUUGAUCUUGGUGGUGAGUUCCAGCCCCAUACUGGGCAUAGAGCCUACUUUAAAAACAUAAAAUGUGAGUGUUUGAUAUUAUUAAUCUGCCAGUGUAAGUCUCAUUUUGGGGUAAUGGCUAUAAUGUGAAUAAUUAAAGAUAUACACUAAAGAUGGCUAAAUGCUAAGACAGCCAUUCAUAUUUAUGUGUAUUUCAAUAUACCAUAAUAGUCAAAACAUUUUUCUAUGCAUAUAAACUUUGCACAAAAGUGUCAAUAAAUUAAACCCCAGUUUGUGAGCUUCAUGUAAGCUUAUGAUAGUAUUUUUUAAUAAUAUCAAGUCAAUUAUAAAUGCAUAAUAAAUAUUUGAUGAAUAUUAUUAACAUUCCAACAGUGAAUUUCAAAGGUUAAUUUUCAAGGAAUAUAGAAAAAUGUUAAUAUUCUCUCUACAAUGCAGUACCUUUGUCAAUAAGUGAAAUUAAAUAUCAUUCUUUUACUUUCUUUCUAAACAGAAACCACCCUCCACACACCCUAAACUCUAUUACAGAAUAUAAAAUGUUGAGAGUACAUUUUAUCUCCUUGUCUUUGUCUAUCAAUUUGAAAGUUCAAAUGUAUACUUUUAAAGUUUUUACUUAUUUAUUUGAUACGGAGAGAGCACAAGCAGGGAGAGCAGCAGGCAGAGGGAGAGGGAGAAGAAACCAGAGAGAGAGGGAGAAGCAGGCUAUA